AUGUUGUCUUCUACCAGAAAACGCCAUGCCCCUAAAAUUAGCGCCCAGACUGUCCGUAAGCUUCUCUACAGUGGCUGUCAAAGUAGUGCCUCCAAUAGCAAUAAAAAUUCACAACAAGACCUUGGUACCAACCAACAAUUAGUAUGUCAUGCCAAUAGAGAUUUUUCCGAUCUUAACUUCAAGCACGUUUCUUUGGAGCUAGGUUGUGUAAAAACUGGUUUGGGUGACCAUGAUGGUGGCCUUGCGUCGUCAAGCGAAAAGAAAUUAGCUCUAUUGAGUUUUAGCUCCCACUCAUCAAAUAAUGCUCCUUCGAGUUUCGCAUUUUCUAACUUGUCGUCUUACUCUCCAGAACUCAACCCAAUAGAACAAUUUUGGCCUGUUGUUAAGAGCAAUGCUAGCAGCCAAGCGGCCCAGUCAUAUUUUGAAGGAUCUUCACACUAUUCCGCUACACGUUUUGAGGACUACUUUGCUGGCCAACCUAUUUAA